CGAUGAGUUGUUUGUGUGUGUGAUCGCAAUGUGUGAUUUCAGGUCUAUUUAACCAAACUUCCUCCGAACGUCAAAUUUGGACAGUGUCGCUUGGAUUAUACGUUUUUUUUUUCAUGUUAAACACGAGUCGAUAGCCUUGUUUUCAAUAAAAUAAGUAUUUUUCUAUAGUUAAAAGCUUAAUCUGUGUCCUAGUGUUCGACAAAAUGUCCGGAAAAAAAGGUCGAAAGUGUUCCAUAGCACAUUGUAACAGCUUUCAACAUACGCAUAAAAGUUUGAGUUUUUUUCGUUUUCCCAAAGACCCUGAGAGAUGCAAGGCAUGGAUUGCAGUCAGUGGUCGGCCAGAACUUGCAGAUAAACUCAAUGUUUAUGAAGACCGAGUAUGUGAAAAGCAUUUCGAGCCGAAUAUGUUUUUAAAUGAUUACAGAAACCGGUUACAAAACACCGCAGUUCCGGUUCUUUGUUUAGAUGCACCACCCCCUCCACCACCGCGAGUACCUCGACCACCGAAUCAGUUGAAAAUUGUAGGCAAACAUUUAAUGCUGAAGAAUAGUUUUGAACAGCCGUCCUUGAAACGAAUGAAAAUGGACAAUGUUGAAGACGACUUACUGGAGAUAAUGAAACCGCCAGUUGCUGCAGAACGAGGUGAACGUAAAAAGUAUUGCAUUGCUCCGCAAAAAACCUAUUUAGAUGCAUGCGAAGAAAUGAGAAAAACGGGCAUCUCCUUCCGAAAGGCAGCCGAAAAAUACAACGUAAAUUACGUUACACUCCGACGAUUUUGCAGUCGCCUUAACAAAAGUAUCAAUGGAAUGAGUUCAAUGCAGCAACAAGCAAACCAAAUGCAACCCGAUGUUACCAUACAACCUAUCAAUAAUCAAUCCCAACUAAAACGUUCCCCCACGUCGCUGAUUUCACCACAAAUAUCGUCACAAAUUGCAUCGCAAAUUCAUGCACAAAUUCAGUCUCAAAUUCAAUCUCAAAUUAAAAUGCAGAUUCAGGCACCGUCACUUCCCAUUAAAGUAUCACGACCAAAAAUUCCGCAAAUCCCAACCAUAAUGCCAAAUCAAACAAGUGCGGCCGCAUCGAUUACAACAAAUGUGAACAAUUCCGCCGGUUAUAAACGUCCACGACAAAUUUUUUCUGUCGAACAGGAAGAAGAACUAGCCGUGUUCGUUCGCGACGCAUCCAAUUAUUACAAUGGCAUGUCAUCGAAAGAUGUCCGUAUUUUGGCCUUUGUUUAUGGUGUAUGUAAUCAGGUGGAUUUACCGGUGGGUUGGCGAGAAAGCCACCAGGCCUCAUUCGAUUGGUGUUUGGGUUUCAUUAAACGUAAUAAGUUAACUCCAAUGAUGACAUCGAGUCAUCAAUUUAGAAACACUGGAAACAUAAACGGCGUGUCAGGUAAAGAUAAGGUUUUAAAUGAAGAAAAACCAUUGAAUGCCGAUGAUAUUCCUAAAGCGGAGAUAUGCUGAAUGAACAAAUCCACUGUUUGAAAUUAUUUUUUCUUUUGCUUUUGGGUUUUCUAACUUUAAUUUUUAUUAUUCGGCAGUGGCUAUAUGACACAAAAGACUGGAAAGUGUGUCUUUUUUUAAUCAAAUGUAACGUGAAAUUUAAAUUAGUUUAUAGUGUUUAAGAUUUAGCAUUAGAUAUCAUUUCAGUUUUUAUCAUUUUAAAUAAAAAAUUUGUUUUAAAGUAAAUAACUAAUUCGAUCCAAAAA